AUGCGUCUCUUCAUCAUCCUCGGCGUUCUGGCGGCCGCGUUCGCCCAGAUCGACACUACCAACUCGAACGCACCCCGCGAUGGCUCUUACGGCCAGCCGCGCCGCCUCCCAAAACGCGACAACGCGAUUCGGGAUGACGCCCAUCUCAGCGCCUCCCGCUCAAUCGAGAAGCGCGAUGCCACUGGCCGCUGCCCAGGCGGCCAAACGCCCGUAUCAAACGGUAUUCCCCCCACGCCUAACGGAUGUGGACCUAAGGACUUUGAGGGCGCCGUCCCCGAAUUAUGGUUCAACAAGUGCUGUGGCAACCACGACGUCUGCUAUGGCGACUGUCCCAAAAGCAAGACUGACUGCGACAACGCCUUUGCCCUGUGCUUGAAAACGGCGUGCGAAACCGAGUUCGCCUGGUGGAAUCCCGGGCGGGCGCCCUGCUACUAUGCAGCCACAGCCUAUUACACGGCUGUCAAUGUUGGAGGACAGGGCUCGUUUGAGGGUGGUACCAAGAACCACUGUACCUGUGUAUAG